AAUAAUAUCUGGUGGUUCAAUGAUAGCCAUGUCACUUGAUACUUUUGUUAAUAUAAAAAUUCUUUUCAACCACGUGACAAUAUUGAAAAAAUAAUGCAAGAUAAAGUUGAUUUUUUAGCAAGAAAAUAUACGAAAUAUUUUUUUAUUAUUAUUCUCACUACAAUAGUAGUAGUGACAUUUGGUGGAUUAACGAAGGGAAAAAAUAUUACUUUGCCAUUUAAAGCAUCAUAUCCAUAUGAUUAUAAUAAUUGUUCAUCAAAAUUUUGGCUAUCAUAUAUUAGUCAAUGUUUAAGUGUUUAUUGUGGUGGUUUAGUGACUAUUGGAUUUGAAACAUUUAUUAUGGUGUUGAUAAUUCAAAUUUGUUCUCAAUUAGAUAUUAUUUAUCAUCGUCUUCAAACUUUACCAUAUUUGAAUAAAAAUAAUAUGUCUAAUGAAACAAAAGAAGCUAAAAUUAUAAAAGAAUGUGUAUUACAUCAUAAUUAUAUUUACACGCUUAGUGAGAAAUUAAAUGAUAUUUUUAGUAUUGUAUUUGGUGUUCAAUUUGUUGGAUCAAUUGUUAAUAUUUGUACACUUGUUUAUAGUUUAACAUCAAGAAAUGAAUUGAAUGAUAAAUUUUUUGCUCAUGCUUUAUUGUUACAAAGUAUGUUAUUUCAAAUAUAUAUCUAUUGUUACGCGGGAAAUGAAGUAAUGUUAAAAAGCUUAAAAGUAGCAGAUAUUAUCGAUAUUGUAGAUUGGACAAUGCUAGCAAGAAAAACAAAAGAGGGUCUUCUUUUAAUUGCAGUGCGAUCAAAAAAACCAAUUAUUAUUUCAGGUGGUCCUAUGAUUUCAAUGACACUCACCACAUUUGUCACGAUUUUGAGAACAUCAUACGCUGCCUAUAACUUACUUGAAAGUUCACAUGCAUAGGAAAAAAAAAAAUG